UCACUUCAAUGAGCCAGCGUUGUCACUCGUGUGCUCGUUGUCGAGAAGUGUUCAUAUUGUCUUUCCCUAAGCAUUUCACCAUGAAGAUCUUACUCCUUGCCCUCUUCGUAGCCACAGUGAGUGCGGGUUCAUUCAAAGUUGGUARCAUCAAGUGUACAUUUGGACCAUCAUAUUGGUGCAAGAACUACAAGCAGGCUGCAGAAUGUGAUGCCAUCCAACACUGCAAAGAGAAAGUCUGGAAACUAAAAGUUUCAUCAAAUGAAACUUGCACAGUUUGCCAAGAGGCAGUGACAGCUGUGAAGUCCUUGCUUGCAAAUCCUGACAUUGAUAAACAAAUAAUAGGAUACCUAGAAGAUGCAUGUCAAGAGCUUGGUGCUUAUGCAGCUGAAUGCAAAGCACUGGUGGACCAAUACGGUCGUCUGUUAUUCCAAGAACUUGCACAGUUGUUGGGUGAUCCAAAACAAGUUUGUACAGAGCUUGGUUUGUGCUCAGCUUCAAAAGAAAAGAUAAUGGCUGUUUUAUUGAGCAAGGCUCUUCCUAUCAAAAUGAAGGCUUUCAAGGGAAUUUCUCUGAAGAAGCAUGCCAGAAAUUUGAUAAAAGCUGUCCCAGUGAAGGCCUCUGCUCAGUGUAUCCUUUGUGAAUUCAUUGCUACUGAACUGGAUCAGAUGUUGUCCAAGAAUGCUACUCAGCAAGAUAUUGAGGCUGCUUUGGAUAAAGUUUGCAGUUAUUUACCAUCAACCAUUCGAUCAGAGUGUACAAGCUUUGUUAACCAAUAUGCCCCAGAAAUCAUACAGAUCCUUGCACAAGAACUCAACCCAAAGAUGAUCUGCACCUCACUUGGACUGUGCACCUCAAAGUCAAAAWUGAAAAAGCUCCGUAGCAAUGGAGAAGGUUGUGAAAUCUGUACUCUUGUCAUGCAAUAUGCCAAGAAUCUUCUCCAGGACAAUACAACAGACGAAGAAAUUGUGGAUGCUUUGAAGAAAAUUUGUGCCAAGCUCCCUUCACAAAUAGCCAGUGAGUGCACCGCUAUUGUUAGCGAAUAUGGAAUGGAAAUCUUGAAGCUGAUUGCAAAUUCAGAUCCAAAAACAUUAUGUGCUGAAAUUGGUUUAUGUCCCUCCAAGGCAAGAAGGACACUGCAGGUCCGUGCUCCUUUAAUAAAAGGCAAAUGUAUGCUUGGUGCAUCAUAUUGGUGUGCUAGUCGUGGAAAUGCGGUUGAGUGUAAUGCAACUUCAUACUGCAACAAGCAUGCUGGCAAAAAAUGGUAGACUCCGUUUCAUCAAUCUGCAUUAUGAUUCCCAAGAAUUGUUUCUGCUAUUGUUGAUUGUAUUUUGUUAGUUUCCUUGUUUUGUACUCAGCUUGAAUCCGGCACAAUAUCACAGAACAUGUUUUUCUAUUGGAAACKUCUAGAACACUUUUAUGAGUUGUAUGACUGAGGAGUGAAACUAGCCACUUAUGGAAUCAGUCAAAGAAAUGUUAGAAACACAUGCAUUUAGAUCAAGAAGGGCAGCACUAAAUCUAAGAUCUCAUCCAAUUGGCUUGUUAAAACAAAAAAUAUAAAUGGUGCAUCCAAUAGUUGAAAUCUCUAUGUUUGCAUUGCUGGUUAAUCCGACCUAUUAAGUUUUUUUUUGCACUGAAUUCUUGUAAUAAUAAUCAUUGAAAAAGAAUAAAAAACAUUUCAUUAGUAUAAA